GGACCAAACAAACGGAAAAGCAGCGGCAGCGGCAACGGCCAGCACAUCUUUCCGUUCAGCAGCCGUCCGCUUGUGACUUUCGGCAGCUUCCGUCGAGACACCCAGAUGCUGUCGGAGCGAACAGCGAUGAAAAGAGCGAGAACGGUCGGCUCGUCCUCUCUGAACACCUCGGUAGUUGUAGCGGCGGCCGGUGAUACCGGAUAGAAACUAACCGUUACUGGACCGUUACUGGACCGUUGCUGGACCUCCGCUUCUAACGGUUAUAUUUUUCUCGGCUAACGAGGAGGACGCUAACCCCUCGCGACCUUUAGCUUACAGUCAAAGUGAUUUUUUUUUUAUUCAAAAACAGAUUUUUUUUAUAUUAUUAUUAUUAUUUUAUUUCUCUCGUUUUUGUCUUGGAGGGGAAAAAAAUGUUGACAGGAUCUAAAACCACGUUCAAAGUGAGACAAAUGCUCCCAGACAUCAAGGAGAGGAUGCUGAGCCAGACGGGGGUGAACACGAGGAGUCGAGAUGUGUUCGGGCUGCGCUGUCUACCAGGCGAGUGCGUCCUCCAGAGAGCUGUCAUGGUGAGGAAGAAGCUGACGGCCAGGGAGGGGAGGGGGUGGCUGUCUGGGACUCUCUUCUGUACACACUUCAGAGUGGCCUUUGUGCCCCAGGACAGCCCCAAACCUGACGACAACGCGGAUCCGGUUCUUUUAGGAGAUCACGACGUGGCUCUGGCAUCGAUAGAGAAGGUUGUUGUUGUGGGUCCAAACAGGACCAAGCUGGUGACCCCAAACUCCUCGCUGAAGUUCACCCCGGAAGAGCUGGUGAUCUACUGCAGGGACAUGCGAGUCAUCUGCUUCCUGUUUGACCGCCUCACCCCAGACCCACAGGUCAUAGAGAUAACCUACACCAUCGCCAAAACCUACCAGCCUCUCAAACCGGGCUCGGUUUUAUCUUUCCAGAACGCUGCCCUCGGGAGUGUAGAAAUGAAGCAGUUCCUAAGCAACCGUCGCCGGGACGCCCACAUGAACUGGUUUGAAACGGCCUCGGACUGGGAGCAGGAGCUGGAGAGGUGCGGCGCCACGAGCUGGAGGGUCAGCUCCGUCAACGACCGCUUCGAAAUGUCCACCAGUCUGCCCAGGUUCAUCGCGGUUCCACAGAAGGUGUUUGACACCGAGCUGAAGAAAAGUUUCGCCCACUUCAAUGAAGGACGAAUCCCUCGCUGGUGUUGGCGACAUCCCAGAGGCAGCGAUCUACUGCGAAUGGCCAGCUUCCAGAACAACAUCUACCACGAGAAGGACGACAUCAGGAACCUGGAGAUGGUCCUGUUUGGCUGCCAGUCCUCGCUGUGUGUGGUGGUGGAGCUCGGGGACGAGCUGCCCUCGCCGGCCGACAUCCAGCUGGCUCACGGCCGCCUGCGCACCCUUUGUCUGGGAGAUAUCUCCACGUCUGUGUCGGUGCCCGAUGACAAAUGGUUGUCCACGCUGGAAAGCACCCGCUGGCUAGACUACACCAGGGCCUGUCUGAAGAAAGCUUCGGAGGUGGCCUGUUUGCUUCGCAGCGGUCACCUGACUGUGGCGCUGCAAGAGGCGGAGGAUCGCGACAUGAGCUGCGUGGUGUCCAGCCUGGUGCAGGUGAUGUGUGACCCCCACUGUCGGACCCAGCACGGCCUCCAGAGCCUGGUGCAGAAGGAGUGGGUGAUGGGCGGCCAUCGCUUCUGCAGCCGCAUCAACUACCACCGAGACAACGACAAGGAGGAGGCUCCAGUCUUCCUGCUCUUCCUGGACUGUGUUUGGCAGCUGUGGUCCCAGUUUCGCUCUCGUUUCCAGCUGACCGAUGACUUCCUGUUGGCCCUGCACGACAGCAUCCAGCUGCCGCUCUUCUCCACCUUCCUGGCAAACUGCCAGCGGGAGAGAUGCAAACGCUCCCAGAACCUCGGGCAGUCCUAUACUCCAGUCAACGGCUGGAGGGAUGUGCUGCACCUGGACUCUUCCUCAGACCCGUCCGACCCUCCUCUUCCCCCCGUGUGGGACUGGGCCCUGCAAUACAGCAAGGAGAAGCAAGAGCGCUUCACCCAGCCCGUCCCCCCGACUCCCCCGCUCCAGCCACUGCUCAAUGGAAACCUCAACACCAACCCAGACACGCACAGGCUGGCCGACACCAUCCCCGGCUCCGUGUUCCUCCUCUCUCGAGGCACCUUCUCCUGCCCUGCCAACCUGCUGCCCUGGCGCAGCGGCAGUUCGAGCAUUUACAGGAAGAGCCACCGGAGGGCGCCGUCCUCUGAGAACGUGCCGGGCCUGGAGAGGCUGCUGAAAGCCUGGGCCCUGACGGAGUUACCUCAGGGCCUCCCCUCCACGUCCGGACCUCAAGGACCCCUCGACCCCUACGAGCCCUUACUGCCCCUCCUCACCGCACCCUGCCUGGGCCUGUGGAGGGAGUGCUACCUGCGGGGGGCGCUGCACGCACAGGCCUUCUCCCACCCCAUCUCCUCCAACCACCUCCACCCUGUGGAGCGUCUGGCCCAGGAGGUGCAGCAGCUCAAAGACAAGCUGGCACAGGUCUCGGCCUCCACCGACUCCCCCAACCCCCCCAAGACGCCCAAGACCCCCAAGACCCCGACGGAGCCGCGCACAACCGCCGACUCCAACCUGAACCAGAACACCAACAACGGCACCUUCCUGUUCCCGGCUCCGAGGCCCCAGGGCCCGGCCGGGCCCAGGGCGGCGCCCCCUCCUCCUCCUCCUCCUACCUCCUCCUCCAAACACCAGACCUCCUCCAGGGCCCCUCCCCCUGCCUCCGCCCCACCGUCCAGGCCGGGCCCCAGAGACGCAGGCGGCGCCAACAAGCACACGUUCCUGUUCGGACACUCGUCUGUGACGGAGGCUCGGCCCGAGCAGCGCUACUACCCGGCCCCCGGCAACGCCAAGCUGCCCAAGAGCAACGGGCCCUCGCUGGCCUCCUGAGAUCCGGCCCCCAACCCACAUCACCGGUCCAUGUAUGAACCAGACACAUCCCUCUCUGGGAUCAGGAGCUGGGGGGGCGUCCACUCCUUUUAAUAAUGUGACUAGAAAUGAUCCGAGCAAGAGCUCCUGACUCUGCUCCUACUAGUCUGUACUGUAUUUGACAAGAACUGUUUUGUAUAUUUGUAAAAGGGAACUCCUGGUAAUUCCUGCUGUGGAACAAAGACAGUCAGGGCUCAAAAACGCUCAUUAUCUGGAUCAGCUUCAAGACAGACAGACAGACAGGACACUUCUAGUUUCCACUUUUAGCUUCUUAUCUGCGGCGUGAACUGAUAAAAGUGACGCAUGAGCUUUCAGGGGAUUUAACCUCUGAACUGCACCUCUUUAGACCCUUUAGACUCUUUAGACUCUUUAGAUCCUUGUUCUGUCGCUCCAGCGUUCCUGCCGUCUGUCUGUCAGCUGCUGCUACUACUAUUACUAAUAAUAUUAUUAAUAAUAAUAAUGAUAUAUGAUGAUUUCAUAAAUUUUCUGAGCUGCAGCCGCUCCGACCGUCGACUUUAAGGUGGAAUUUAGGACAGGAGGUCUAUUUUGGUACGGCUCUGCUCUCAUAUCAGACGCUCUGGAGCAGACGGAGGCCUAGAUUCACAUCAUUCACAUCAUUCACCACCGGGACCAUUUCAGGGCUUCAAGUGACACAAUCUCAAGUAUUUCAUCCAUCAGACGUGUUAAGUCGUGUGAAUCAGUGUUGGAAGGAAAAAAGGGAAGCUCUCCCCCCCCCUGUCCUGUGUUUACUUCUUUUAUUUCCCUGCAGCCAGCGUUCAGGUCAAAGACUCGCUGUCUGAGGGAACAGGCGAAAUGUUUCUGCACCUUUUUUUAAAUCCAGACAGGUGGUCGUUCGCAUGAUGUGGGUUUCCACCGGCGUCGCUCCCACGGACGGACGAGUUCGCACCAGGAGAGAGGACGUUUGUUUGUGAGAAAGCUUCUCUCGUCAUGUCAAAAAAGGUACCUCACUCGAUAGCACUAUGAAUUAUUGAAAGGGUGUAAAUAUUCAUCACAUCUGUAUCAAGCUGUGCAGCUGUGAUCUCAACGCAUUUACUCGUCUUCCGUGGAAAGAUCAAGCUCCUCCUCCGCUCAACACCUGUCGCUCUGUCUCUGUUUAAUUUAAUGAUUUUUCUUUUUGGUACGAAAGUGACUUCAAUUUGCCAGAUGUACAUAUUAUUAUUAUUAUUAUUAUUUUUUUUUUGUAUUAGCAUGUUUGGACCCUGUUAAAUAAA